AAAUUAUUAUGUUGCGAGUAUUGAUGUCUAUUUUUUAUUCUUUCAGUUAACACAAUACAAAACAAAAAGGAUACAGAGGGUCCAAUCGGAAGAGAAGAAGCCAGACGACGAUGCCGCAAAGGUUUCGAACGGUUCGGCCGAGGCUGCCGCGGAGGCCUCCCGGGUCGUCGAACUCCAGGAGGCGCUCGAGAAGCAGACGUCGGAACUGAGCACGUCCCGGAGCAAGAUCGUAGAACUGGGCAACAAGAUCAGAGAGCUGGAAGACGGACUCUCUUCCGCUCAGAAGGAGGUAUCCAGACUUCAGCAAGAGAAUGCACGACUCGCAAGAGAUCUGAAAGAGAAUAACGCACAGAAAGAAGACCAGGAAGAAAGGAUAUCGACUCUGGAAAAACGGUACCUCAACGCUCAAAGAGAAUCGACUUCGCUGCACGACCUCAACGAGAAAUUAGAACAGGAGCUUUCUAAUAAAGAAGCUCAAUUAAAACUAAGUGAAGAAAAAGUUCGUGCUCUCCAAGAACGAUUAGAACUUGCCGAGCAGAAGUUGGCGGAGUUUUCACGUAAGGUGGAAACGCUUCCGGGUGCCGACGGCGAGAUGCAGAGAAUGGAUGCCUUAUCCCAGGAAAGACACGUCUCCGUAGAAGACAGGAUACAGAGGCUAGAGACACAACUCGAGGAGAAGAGUACCGAAUUAGCGAGAUCAAGACAGCGGGAAAAGAUGAACGAGGAACACAACCAGAGGCUGUCGGCCACUGUGGACAAACUGUUGGCAGAAUCGAACGAGCGUCUGCAGCUCCAUUUGAAAGAGAGGAUGCAUGCGCUCGAAGAAAAGAAUUCCCUAUCCCAGGAAUUGGAUAGAACGCGUAAAGUCUUAGAAGACACUCAGGGUGAAAAGGACAAAAUUAUUUCCGAGUUAGCCAGAAUGAGAACAGAAAUGGACUCUCUCAGAACGGAUUUACAAACUUACAGAGCCGAAACACUAGCAAGUCGCUCGGUUAUUCGCCCAUCUCCUGCUUCCCCUUCUUGGACCGGUCUGCCGGCAGGAUGCAUUUCGAUGGUUACUUCUCCCAACAAGAACUCUAUGGGAGUUGUUGAAAAUACAGAUGCUUGUUGUGGAGUAUAUGGAUUUAACAUGUCCCCUGCAUCUGUUAAUCACAGGAACCAUAGAGGACGCCAACCACCCAUGGAAGAAGAUCCGGAGAAAGAAUGGGAGAAAAUAGAUCAGUCUCAUGUCAUAGCGAACGUACAACAGGCUUUCGACGCCAGUGACACGGAAUGUAGUCAGACGGACGAUAAUGAGAGCAUAUUCGAGGCGAUGGAUAUGCUGUCUCCGACCGGUCACACAGAUGCUCAGACGCUCGCACUUAUGCUUCAAGAACAACUAGAUGCCAUCAAUAAUGAAAUCAGGUUAAUUCAGGAAGAAAAGCAGAGUACGGAACAGAGGGCCGAGGAGUUGGAAUCCAGAGUCGGCAGCCUGGAAACGAUGGGACUUCUGGGAAGGGGUCGUUCCCUGGAGCGUUCUUCGCCUCCCCAGAGUGGUCGGUCCACUCCCAAAUCGCACCACAGCCCACAGAGAGACUAUUUACAGAAAUAUCAUACCGUAUGUAACAAUUUUAUUUUUUUGAAAAUUGAAAAUCCAUAAACUAUUUUGAAUAGUUCAUAAU